AUGAUGAUGAAUUAUUUCCAGAAUGCGGUGUACCACUACGAAGGCACACACGGCAGCCCCGAGAGCGUUCUGCAGGCCAGCUCCGCAUCAUCAAAGGGAGAGAGUCCAAAAGAGGAGCCUGGCCUUGGCAGGUCUGUUUCUCUUCAACUGCUUCAUCCUAACUACGGCCUGAUAGGUCAUUGGUGCGGCGGAGUGCUUGUCCAUCCUCUGUGGCUUCUAACGACUGCGCACUGUAUUCAUAAUGAACUCUUCAAUCUUCCAUUGCCAGCGUUAUGGACGGCUGUGCUGGGCGAGUGGGACCGAGCUGAACAGAAGGGAGCCUACGUCCCGAUUGAGAGGAUCGUGCUACAUCACCGAUUCCACAAUUACCAACAUGAUAUAGCCUUGAUGAAGAUGACAAAACCGGCGGAUGUAAGUCCCGGGAGCCGCAUUCGGACCAUUUGCUUACCACAAUUUGAACCGCACAUACUAAACUUUGACACAGAGAAGAGCACAUCUUUCUACUUGAGACCACACUCUACCCCGGAACCCUUACGAAAGAAACAGAAGCCACCAAAACCAAAACCAGACACGGCAGUGAAAUAUUUAGAAAAACUUAACAAUUUAACAAAAAAUAUGUUCGGUGGAUUUACAAAGAAGCAUAAGAAUUUAAGGUAUAACGUAAGAGUAGCCAAUGAUUCAAACAGACAAGGUGACAGAAAAAAUGAUGAUCAACCAGUAAAAGAUAAUGAAAGAAGGAAUUCUGAUAUAACAUAUGCUAGUGCUACACUAGAUAGCGUUAUUAAACUUAUAAGAAAUAGACUAGCUAAAGAUAAUAAAGUUAGUAUAAGUGAUAGAAGUGACAAGAAACUUAUGUUCGGUGAAGAAAUUGAUCCUUUUAUCGAUGAUAACAACAGAUUGGACUUCAAAGAUGAGUGUUAUGCCACUGGAUGGGGCAGGGAACAGACUAAUGGGACCUUAACCGAUGUGUUGUUAGAAGCUGAAGUGCCAAUUUUGCCAUUAACAUUCUGUAGAGACAGGUAUUCUUUGACAUUACCAUUGAACGAUGGCCAUUUGUGUGCUGGGAGCACAGAUGGAAGCACUGGAGCUUGUGUGGGUGACAGCGGUGGCCCUCUCCAGUGCAGGUCGGGCGGUCGCUGGGAACUCCGCGGACUGACAUCUUUCGGUUCCGGCUGCGCUAGAAGAGGUGUCCCCGAUGUAUAUACAAAUGUGGCCCAUUACGUUUCUUGGAUCUACACGCAAAUAUACGCCACGUAG